AUGAAUGCCGCCUUAAAGAUAUUUGAUUACAUGGUGUGUAAAGGUCAUAAGCCUAGUGUCGUGACUUAUGCCAUGUUAAUCAACGGCUAUUGCAAGAAGCAGAUGGUAGACAAGGAUAUGUGGCUUUUUCAAGAAAUGUCUUGCAAGGGAUUGAAGCCCAAUGUUGUUACUUACAACACACUUAUAGGUGGGCUGUACCGGGUACGGAGAAUUGUGGCUGCGCAAGAGCUCUUCAAUGAGAUGCAAGCUCAUGGACAAUGUCCGAAUCUCUCCACAUACACCAUUUUGAUGGAUGGGCUGUGUAAAAGUGAGCAUCCUGUCGAGGCAAUAAAACUACUUAAUGAGAUGCAAAUUAGAGGAAUUCAACCAAAUAAUGAUGUUAUUGGUGUCCUUAUCAAUGGGAUGUGUGAAGCUAGGGAACUUAAAUAUGCGAAGGAGCUUUUUAAUUGGGCCUCCACCAAGGGCUUGGGGAAUAAUGUUAGGACAUAUAACACAUUAAUCAAUGGCCUCUGUAAAAAAGGGCUUUUGGGGGAAGCUAAUGGAUUGUUCUUUCAAAUGGAAGAGAAGGGUUUCCAACCAGACAGUGUCACCUUCAAUGCUUUAAUUAGGGGAUUUCUACAAAAGAAUGAUACCCUCAAGCUCAUCCAUCAGCUAAUCUUCAAACACUUCUCACUUCUUUUUUCCUUCCCUUCUUUUCUUUCUCUUACCACAGAAGCAGCCAUGUCAUUGGGUGGGGAAGCUGACAUCCGAUUGCAUCAGGACACCAAAACCAUCUGCUCCAACGCCAAUACCCAGGGCCGCUGCUCAUCCCAGCGGCUCACGGCCACCUCCCAUGGAUACAUAUACAAAAUCGAGGAUUCAAAGGCUUCUAAGAAUAUGCAGAUAUUCUCAGACAAGCUUCAUCGACACUGCCAACGUAAUGAAUCCACCUUACGUUUCCAAUAUAUUAUGUCGUACUUCAAUGUUCAUCCAAUGGCCCGUAAAUUCUCUACACAGAGCUUGGCCAUUGGUGCUAGCGGUAUGGCAAAGCGGGCCAUGAAAGCUUGUAAGGAGUUACAUAUGACCAUGGAGAUUAAUAUAGUGACAUUGUCGUCGUUGGUGCAAGAUGAUGGAGAUGCAGAUUCAAUGGCUAGGAUUUUGACGGGUCCCCUGUGGUCCCUGUAUCAGGAUCUUCUAUUGAAGCAUUGGAGGGGAUGGGCUUAG